ACUACUACUAUUACCUACAACAUACUCGAAUUCUUUUUUUUCCGUGUACAUGUACCUGGGUGCUCCGAGGGCACGUUCGGCGUACUUCACUUUGAUUUUGGUGCCUUCUCCACCGAAUUCGAUCGACUGCUAAUGAAAAACCACGAAUAAAACCAAAAACCAAACCAAACCAAAUCAAAUUUAAAAAUAAAUAUAUACCAAAUAAUAAUAUAUGUAAUGAUAAUAAAAAAAAACUACUGCUACCAAAUACUUCAAAAAAAUAUAUAAUAAUAAAAAAAAACCGUACCGAACACUGCCUCGUUUGCUGCAUGUGGAUCGCCUUAGCAGCCUUAGCCACUGUCGGGGCCCAAGUGGUCCCCCAAAACGCUCACUGUGUCGUCUACACAGACAGCUGCGGACAGUUACUGGACACCCUCCCGGUGUGCCAAGAUUUUAAUCGACAAGUGUGCAACCGUCCCGCCUGCAAGUUUAUCCAUCUCAGUGACGGAAACGUGGAGGUGAUCGAGAAUCGCGUGACCGUGUGCAGGGACGCAGUGAAGGGCGCGUGCAUGCGGCCCCAGUGUAAAUAUUAUCACAUACCGGUCGCGUUGCCGCCAGCACCUCUGAUGGCGAUCACAUCGCCUGCGACGCCCUAGUUACUCCUUCUCGUUUAGCGGAUAUAUGUAAUUCACGACGAGGCGAGCAAGAAGGAACCGACAGACAAGAGUGAUACAGUAAACAGAAGCUAGAGAGCGAAAAAAAGGGACUUGACAAAGAAAAAAAAAGGACAAAAAAAGAACAAAAAGAAAACUACAAAAAAAAAAAAAACAAGUAACGAACAAAGACGAGAACGAGAAAGAGGCACUACCAGAAAACGAACAAACACAAGAGCUUCUCAAGCGCAGGUUUUGCCGGAUCACGAUCAUUCUGAUCGUUGAACAAGAUCGACGAGAACAAAAAGAAAAAAAGAGACGUAUCAAGGGGAAUGUGUGUUUCAAUGUUUUCGUCCUCAUCGUUCUCUUCAUCGUUGUCGUCGUCGUCGUCGUCGUCGUCGUCGUCGUCGUCGUCGUCGUCGUCGUCGUCGUCGUCGUCGUCGUCAUCGUCGUCGUCGCCGUUGUCGUCGUUGUUAGCGACAUCGAAAGAACCGAGUUUCGAUUCUAUUUCAUCCUCCUCUGCGAAUCUCCUCCAAUGCGUAGGUUUUCGUCGAGCCAGAUAGAGAUCAGGAGAAAAGGCUAGCGUAUCAAACGCGAAUCAAAGAGGAAAGGUCGGACAGAGGAAUGAAAUCGUCGUUCGUCGUUUCACCAGUUGAAAAAGGAACUGUACGAAUUCGUUUCUCUUCCUGGCCAUUCUCUUUCUCAUGUCGUCCCUUGAAGAUGAAAAAGAAGAAACGCACGAAAUUAAAUUCGUUCGUAGAAACAAUUCCCUCGUCAAAGCAAUUCGGCGAGCUUCACUCCCAAUGGAAGGAAAUUUACUAUUGAUUUCUAGCAGACCAUUCGUAGAUUAUUUGCGCGUUUAGUCGCCACGAAGCGUAAUUUACUGUUCGAGAGUUCGAGGUUUAUCUCGCGAGAACGAAAAUUUCUCCAUGCUAAGACGAUAAAAGCGUUCGGUUCGUGCGAAUUGAUCGAAAAAAGAGGAUACGGUAUUUCUGACUGAAGCAGACAUAUCGAGUGGUCGUUGAAAUUGAAAAUCAGCCAAGUCGCGUCGCGUCAGCGAGAGAAACGUCCUCGAGAGGAUGCUCGAAACACGUCACGAUCGAGUGCCAGUACACGAGGUCUUCCUUAACCUUGCCUUCUUUCCUUCUUCGUUCACUCAGACUUCCAUGAAAGAGAGUCACAAACCUGUCUAGUCUAGCUCGCUAAGAGAGCAAGUGGAUUUUCACAAUUUCUGCUUUUUAAGCGUUUUUAUUCGUUUGAAAUUUAACUAUCGCGCGAGUUAACUAAUCUUUCUAAAGCUUUCUAAACUUUGAUUAUUCCAUGUGUCGUUCGUUUAUAAGUGACUGUUAUCGAAUCUCUGAUACCUAAUUUACAAUAGAAUCGCCGCAGGUAACGAGGUAGCGAUGAUUUUCACGUAAAGUCCACGUAUUUCUACUUGGUAUUUCGCCGUCAAAUUUUUCAAACCAAAUCUCCGUUUUCCCCGAAAACUCGUCAUAUUUUUUAAAUCGUAUUCUCCAUUUAUCGAUUUCUUAACUAUAUCCACUUAGAAGUAUCUUUUAAUUUCAAAGUACCUUGCAACCGGUUUUCAAAAGCACGCAUUUCCUUUGAAAACUUCCAUUUGCCUCGACUGUCUUGUUGGAUUCGAGAUUUCUAUGUUCUUCCACGCGAUUGCUGAUCGAAAACGGGUAAAAGAAACGAGACGAUGUAGCUGGCAGUUCAUCGCGAGACACAUUUUCUAGACAGAAAGGCGAAUAUUCGCGAGAGUAAAACGAGGGAAUACGCUGAUAGAGCGUUGAUGUUCCGUAAAGAUCUUGCUACUACUAUGUGUACGUAUAUUAUACGCGUACUAUGCAUACAGAGGGAAACGUGGUUAGGAGUUAUACGAUCUCCCGGGAACAGAGAAUUCCGAGUCGUAGGAUCGUAAAAUUUCUCCACGUUCGUAGCAAUCGAACGAAUUCAUAUCGUACGAGUAGGCUGGCUCAGACCGAUGGGAAUACUUGAUAGAAUUAUUUAAUCCUUUUGAUGUUGGUUCGGCUAUUUUAUCGUAUUUCAGUGAAUCGGUAAGAACGUACUGGGAGAAGUUGAUUAAUGAUUUCAACAACGAGCGAAAUGUUAACGCAAUUUCUGUUUAAACGUUAUUGUGAUAUUUUAUGAAUACUUCAUAGAAUAUUUUAUAUAGUGUGUAGCAUGGAUAAAUAUAUCUAGAUAAGUAAUUAAAAUGAGAUAGUUUAAAGAUAAUUUAUGUCGUAAGAAAGUCAUAUUGUACAUAAUAUGAUACCAUUAACGUUAAUAUCUUUUUUCAUCGUCGACUCGCUCGAAAAUAAUUUCUGUGCGUUCUUUCGUCGAAUUGGUUUGGCAAAGUUCGGGCAAACUUCGAUCGAUUACCAUCAUCACGAGGGUUAAAGAUAUACAUUGGUCAGCCAUAAAUCCAGCAACGGCAAUCACCGAAUCUAACAAACUUCAAGGGACGUAUGCGCAGUAAAAAAAGAGAACUGACCCCGAUAUAUCGAAUAACGAAGUUUUUUAUACUCGUAUAUACACUAAACGAAAUCCACUGAUAUUUUGUUUCUACGUCGAUAUAAUUGCGCGUAUGCACGCACGUUUCAGCUGAUCGAUCGAAUGUACGUGCACACGCGCCAGGAGGCAUUGACUUCGCAAGAAAUUUUACGGCAAGCUAAAGAAAAUAUUAAAAGGAAGGAAAUCAAAGGAAGCAAAUAAUAAAAGCAGAAUUACAAUCGUAGAUUAAACGACGAAACGAAUAUAUACACGUAUAUUACGCAUAUUAUAUAUAAAUAUACAUAUAUAUGUUACAUAUAUUAUACUUAUAUAUACAUGUGUGUGUAUAUUAUAUGUGUAUAUAUAUAUACGUAAAGGAAACAAAAAUGAAUGUAUCCUUCCGAGGAAGGUACGAAGCCUUAUGACGUGGUUUCCGGCGAGUCUCAAAGUUUCCGCAACACUUUUCAUUCACUUUUUCCCUCUUCUUUUUUUUUUUUUUUUCAUGUUUGUCUCCAUUUCGCGAAGGGAAACACCGAUGAUCGACAUACUCUUAGGCGAGUGAACGCUAUUUAAAUAUUAACAUUACGACGAAUGUACGUGAUAAAUAUAUGUAUAUAUAUAUAUAUAUAUAUAUGUAUAUGUAUGUAUAUAUACAUAUACAUACCCACACACAUACCCACAUAUAUACAUAUAUACAUAUUAUACAAGAAAUUAUAUUUAAUUAAACAGUAAUGGAAAUCUUGCGACAAAUGAUAGAUAGAAAGGAAGAUAGUACAGAAAAAAGAUUUAGCACGGACAAUGGUUAAAAGACCACACACGAGAAAUAAAAAUAUUCUUUUUUAUAUCUGUCGCUGUUCGCAAGACGAAUUCGACGUGAAAUAGCUUUUCGGUUCCUACGUUUCUUUCAAACACGUUGCGUUUCCAAUGAUAUUUUUCGAUAAAGUAUAAAUUCACGUGCGCUAUCAGUGAACCAUGUUCGCGAACCGUUGAUCGCGAAUAGAAACUAAAUUGCGAAUAUAUGUGCAAAUUCAUAUUUUUAUGCAUAGAACUAAACAAACGGAAUGUAAACGGAAAUUUGUUUCAAAUUUGAGGUAGUAUAACGAGUAUUUCGUAGAUACUUUCUAUAUUUUUGCAUAGGGCGGAUGUUCCUACAACUGCCGUGUCUUUUACAAAAGAGAGAUAGCUUUAUGCCCCGAGCGUAAAAAAUUGAUUAUAAUCUGCAAAAGAUUUCGAUAUUCGUAUGACUGUCAGCCAAUAAUUGUCAGUCCCAUUGACUGUGAUCAGAUGACUGCCGGACAUUUUCAUUGACUGAGUAUAACUCUGUAAUUACUUUCUGCUUGCAUAAUGGCGUUCUUAAUGCUAAAACUGAUACCAUGAUCUUUAAAGAUUGGUUUUUAAAUACUAGAUACAAACAACAUCCGUGCUGUCCCUUUGUCUUCGUGUAAAUCCAACUUGCUGAUAAAACCCUUUCUUCGAUACGUUACUAUCCUAUUAAGUGGAACACCAUGGCAGUUGUAGAGACGCUGACAGUUAUAGGAAGAUGCAUUCUGCGCGUUUUUCUAUAUUUAAAUUUUCCAUAAAUGCAUAAGUAUUGAUAGCCUAAUGACUAAAAGGACGAUCGAUCGAUCGAUCGAUCUAGGUUUUUCCCGGUGUCGCGCGAAGGACCCACCGUCGACAACGAAGUUUUUCGUCGUCCGUACAUACUUUCACACAUUUUGUCUUUCGCUCCUUCACCCCGUCUCUAUUUCACGAUAUUAGCUAUACAAUUAAUGUUCGUUUUUAUUUUUUAUAUAUUGCGUAGGAACGUUAACCGAUAUAUCUACCGUACUAGUAUUUAAUUCCUUAAUUCUGCCCGUACACGUAUUCCUCUUCUUCACGUUUACUUCGACCUUUAUUUUAUUACACGUUUAUUUCCUUUAAUGAUUUCCUUUUAUCCAUUUUUCGUUCGUUUAGCGUAGCAAUCGGAAUAAAAGUAACGAUGUAGUGCAAUCGUCGUGCGUAUAACGUAAAGAGUAUUAUAUCGCGAUUGCGUAUAGUCCUUUCUAUCGGCGACUAGCUUGCAAAAAAAAAAAAAAACAAAAAAAUAGAAAAAAAAACAGGAAAAGGCAGUGAGAAAGUAUAGAGAAACUAUUUCGCGAUGUGAACGAAGUAUUUAUUCCGUCUAUCGUUAGUUUCAAUUGACGAGUUUUUUUAUUCUUUGAGAGACUUUUUUUAAUCGCGUUACUUUGAUUUUUUCCAUGUUUAUUCGAUGUCUGUUAUCACUAGGAUUAACUAUUAUUAUUAUUAUUAUUAUUAUUAUUAUUAUUACUAUUAUUAUCUAACUAUUAUUAUUAUUAUUAUUAUUAUUAUUAUUAAUAUUAUCAUUAUUUUUGUUAUUAACUCUCUAUAGUAUUCUCGGUGCCACUUUGUUUAUUUAAAAUUUUCCAACGUUCGAACAAGAUACUGGCUCGUACCCAAAUGAAUCGAAAGGUGCUACGGAGAGUUAAUAUUAUUACUACUAUGAUUAUUUCUCUUGUUAUCUGUUUCUUAAGUUCGGUUACAUAUAGAGUGAAAGAAAAUAAAAGAACAUGACCGUCCAGGAAAGACUUUCACCUACUUUCCCGACCAAGUGGCUCGAAGAGCGAGCCGGUUCGUCGAUCUCUCGGAUUUAAGAUUGCAAAAACGAGGAAACACGUUGCUGCGCUAGUCAUUAUUCGCGAUGGGCCGGGGUCCUUUGCGCGCUCUUUUCAAUUCUCCAUAGAGAUGCUGUUAUCAGUAACAUUAUCGAUUAUAUCGUUGGUUUAUCGAUAAGUUAAAUUGAAUUAAACGUGCAAGAUGUACGUUGCACGUAAAGCGGCUUCGAACGAGACGUAUCUUCUGAGAUGGAUCUGCAAAUUUUAACUAUUUUAAAUUGUCUACAUUUCUGCAUCUUUAAAUUCGUCGUGAAUGCGUAACCACGCGCAAUCUAGCGAUCAAUUCGUUGAGCGUUGCGUACAGUCUUUGCAGUCGCAAAAUCUGUUCGCCGGAUAUCGUAUCAUCGUUAUAUACGUUCGUCGGAUAUUUUAUCGAUAAUAUAGCGAUAAUCGUGGCAUCUCUACCUGCAUCUCUACCACUCCGUACACACAAAUACAUACAGAGAUACACACACUGGUCCACAGACAGCGAGACAGUCGCGUCGUUUGUUUUUUCUAAGACGAUUUCGAAACAAACUGUUUUUCUUUUAAUUGUUAAUAUUUUCUAUUUUUUUAUUAAGACCGAUUUGUUAACUACGAUAACUCGAGAAACGGGACGUUAGCGUUAAUUAUUUAAACGGACAUAAGUAUAACAAAGUACUCUAAUUGACAGGAUAUAAGCGUAUUAUAAUAAAUAUAGGUUAUUAAAACUAUUAUUAUUGAAUACAAAAGAGCGAAAAAAGGAAAAAAAUAUGGAAAGUGCGAUCUAAACGAUUAAGCAAGUAUAAAUGUUCCUGUACAGCAUUUAAGAAUCAAAGAACACGUAUAUACAUAUAUACAAGAGACGAGAAAUUAAAGCAUACACGCAUGCUCGUGGAUAAUGGAUGCGCGUGUAUGAAAAUUAUGUGAACGAAAAACGAAAUGGAACAAAUCAAUCGAAAUAUAGAUAUAUAUAUACGUGUAUAUGUAUACACACAUACACACUGACGUUUUUCGUUUUUUUUCUUUCUUUCUUCUUUUCGUUCACAUUCUUUCCUUCUUCUUUUCUUGCUUUCUUUCUUGUUACACAUUUCCUUUUGUUUCUCUGUUGGUAUUAGGGGGGAAAGAUUCACGAGCGAAAGUUCGACACUUGUAAAGUACUCGUGUAUAUAAGGUAGAAAUGUUACUUUGAGAAAGAGAGAAAGAGAGAGAGUCAGAGAGAGAGAGAGAGAGAGAGAGAAAGGAAAGAAACUUACCAGGACUUACAAAGUAUCGAGAAUUCUUAAAACGUUGGAUACGUCCACGAACGUGAUACGAACAAUCUUUUCUUUUUCCAUUUACCUAUUUUUUACCGACACUUUAUUGUCUCUAGAUACACAGCGAUCGGUUGUUAACUUCCCUUGUACGGUCUAACGCGAAUUAGUGGAAAAUACGGUUUCUUGAAAAUGUUUAAACUCGGCUCACCUUACGAAACAUCAUCGAAGAAAAACUCUGGAUAGCUGUUUCGAUUUUCUAUUUUCCUUUGGGCUACUAAACGUUCGAUAGACGAGUUACUGCGACAGAUGAUAAAGGAAAUCGAUAAUAGACGGACGAGUUCCUCCGUGCCCGUAACUAGCAUAUGCAUGUACAUACAUAGAAUUUAGAUAAAGAAAAAGUAUAAUAAAUUCGAGAAGUACGCAAGUA